AGGACUCAUGGCAGGAUGACAGCUGGCUCUUCAAUCCAUGACUUUAGCAUGAUCUACCUGCACUUGGGUGGUGUCCUUCUCCGUGCCCAGGGUGAAGACGGCGUGCAGGGCAGGUCGGAAGAGAGCCUGCCAGCGGAGGGAGACCAGGGGUCAGGAGCCUGCAUUAGCACCGAUGUGCCAUUGACCAGGAGCUGGCUGAGCUGCCUGGUGCCCUCGUCUCCUGCUCCUCACCGGCCUGCUGGCCCUGUCAGCCCCAGUUCUCACCCUGGAAAUACACAACCUGAACAUCUUAAAGGGACCCACCCAUGCAAUCCGGAACAUCCACCCAAAGCACCUGAAGUCUGGCCCAAGGACUGCAGCGAGAUAACCUGGAACAGGGUCAGUGGCGUCUUUGUCAUCCAGCCCACAGGAUUCCACCAGAUUGUCGUUUACUGUGACUUGAACAGCACCAGCGAGGGCUGGACGGUCCUCCAGCGGAACCGGCACGACACACAGAUCACCUGGGCUGAGUCCUGGAGCACCUACAAGUACGGCUUUGGCAACGUGCAGGAUGACUACUGGCUGGGGACGGAGUACAUCUAUCGGAUCGCCAAGCAGAAGGUCUACCAGGUCAGGUUUGUCAUCCACGAUUCAUCCGGCACCAUGAAAUACGCAGACUACAACCUCUUCGGUCUGGAAGACGAGUCCAAUGGCUACAGGCUGAGGCUGGGCUCUUACACUGGGACUGCAGGGGACGCCAUGGCCCCAAACAAUCCUACCACCGUGCAUGACAACAUGAAGUUCUCUGCUAAAGACCUGGAUCAGGACACUUAUGGUGGGAACUGUGCGUCUAGCUAUGAGGGGGGCUGGUGGUACUCGGCUUGUCAUUCUGUUCGACUGAACGUCAAAGGGAGCAUCACUUGGGGUAGUUUCUGUAGUGGGAACUGCCAAGCCUCCGCCAUCCUCAUCAAACCAGCGUCCCACUGUUAGUCACCCCUUCCCCACCCUCCUGUCUGCAGUGAGGCCAACCCCUGCUCCACGAAGAGAGGGAAAAGGGUCAGCGUGUGUCAUGGCCAAACCUCACACCCAACUCGGAGGGGGAAGUAUCAUGUUUAUCCAAAAUGGGGCAACUUUCUCUUUUCUUUUCUUCCGUGCACUUUCCGAGCUAAUCUCUGCUGGGCACUUGUGCUUUGCGUUGACUUGACUUAGUGAUAUUCGUAAUCAGAAGAAUCAUUUGCAAAACCUGCAGUAUCCAGAUGUAGAAGCUCCUGGGAGAGUAAAUGCCUCAGAUCCGUAGUGACUUUUCAGUGUCUUUUGCUCUCAGACUCAUGGGCAGUUCCAGAGGUCACAGGGGUGAGGAAAUCCAGAAACACAGAAGGGUUUUUAUAAACUCCUGCUCUACUGCUCAUUAGCAGGGAUUAAAGCUUCACAUUAAAAAGGCAUUUUAAAUGUG